AUGUCGCGUCCUUUCAUACCACGGGGAGCUACCCCCGACUCGGGUCUGACGCCCCCAACUAAUCCGUUCGGUUCCAACCCGUUCGACACCGAUAACGAGUCGAGCGCGACUCAUUCCCUUGCCAGUGACUCAACCUUCACCGUAAAUGCUGUUGGACAGUCACAUCCGUACGACACAACGGGCAGAUCAGCUCAAAGAUCAAGCUGGGCCGGCUCCUCUAACCACCGCCUGAGUAGACCCGACAUUGAGCCUUCGCCCUUGGCCAGAGAAGUCCCCGUCUACAAUGAAAAGAGCCAUCACCAGUCCUCGUCCGGGACAGAUGUCGAAGCCGGUCAUAUUCCACCAGUGGUAUCUGACCCUGAGAAGGCAAAAGAGACGCACACCACCGCUCUGCCACCCUCCUCGGGUGAGUCGUUCCCUAAGCGACUUUACGGCCGUUUUCGCGCAACCUACUGCCCCAAGGAAGAGCCGCCUCUGGUCCUGCCACUGUGCCCGAACGAUACCGAGAAGCUCAGUUACGUCCAUACCAAUCGGCUUCUUCUCUACAUCUUUGGUGUCUUCUCUUUCCUCUCGCUCGGCGCAGGCAUGUGGCUGUUCGCGCUCUCCGCUCCGGCAUUCUACUGGUAUGGCGUCUUUGCGGGGGCAAUGUGCAUCUACCUGUUGAUUUCCUACAUCGUCGGAAUCAUCGGACGAGACUGGGACUACAAAGCUCACUUGGAGCUGGUUGAGCGCUUUCCCAUCACUGAGGAGAAUGCCCCCACUGUCGAUAUAUACCUCCCAUGCUGUUCCGAACCCAUUGAGAUUCUGGAAAAUACGUACAAGCACAUUGUCAACAUUGAUUGGCCUGCCUCCAAGCUUCAGGUUCACGUCAUGGACGACGGUAACUCAGAGCCUGUCCAGCUCCUCGCUGAAAAAUACGGCUUUAACUACUCUGUUCGCGAUGACCGACCUCGUCUCCGAAAGGCAGGCAAUCUGAGAUGGACCUUUGCCCAGACCAGCGGAGAAUUCUUCGCAAUCUUCGAUGCCGACUUCUGCCCGCGCCCAGACUUCGUGAAGGAACUGAUGGUCGAGCACUUGGGCGACGAUAAGACGGCGCUAGUUCAGAGUCCUCAAUACUUCCGUGUCACUGAUGACCAGACUUGGGUUGAGCAGGGCGCUGGUGCUACACAGGAAUUGUUCUACCGCGUUGUGCAGGUCAACCGUAACCGAUGGGGUGCAUCCAUCUGCGUCGGUAGUAACGCCCUCUACCGUCGCGAGUCUCUUGUCGAAGUCGGCGGGACUGCCGAGAUCGGAUUCUCCGAAGACGUCCACACAGGUUUCGGCGCUGUUGACCGCGGCUGGAAGGUCAAGUACAUCCCUCUCUGUCUCGCCACCGGUGUCUGCCCCAAUUCUCCCCGCGCCUUCUUCUCCCAGCAGAUGCGCUGGGCCCGCGGUUCUACGACUCUUCUUACAAACGGCCACUUCUGGGUCUCGAACCUCACGUUGAUGCAGAAGAUCUGCUACCUUUCAGGCUUCUUGUACUACGCCGCGGUUUCUCUCAACAUCUUCCUCGCCCCUAUCGCCGGCACACUCCUCCUUGCCAUCCGUCCGAACUGGUUCAAGUUCUGGAAUCUGGCUUUCGCUAUCCCUUCAAUUCUCUACGGCGUCAUUCUCAUGCGCUGCUGGGCCAAGGCCAAGUACGGCUUCAAUGUGCAGCACGCAAUGACGGUCCAGAGCUACGCCUACCUCACCGCUAUCAAGGACCGUCUGUUCAACAUUGAGCUUCUAUGGGCUGCAUCUGGGGACGCCAAGGCACACAAGAGCAACAAGUACCGCAACAUGCGCCUUCUUUGCAUUUUCUGGACCCUAAUUGUUACUGGUGCCAUGGUCGGUGUCGUCACAUGGCGCCUCGUUACCGGCUUCACAUGGUACCACCCCUUACCGCUCAUCAUCAUCAACGUCUACAACCUGUUCAUCAACCACUACUUCAUGUUCUGCAACUGGUAG